GAGACAAAAAAUUGAAAUGAGUCAUGGUGACGCUUUGUCACUCUUCAUUUGUUUCACCCCCCCACCCCUGACUCUCCUCGGUAAUUUCCGGUGGAAUAAAACGUGCCGUAGCCCGUAUGGCGAGUUGGCGACGAACGCAGAUGGCCUUCAACCUUCGUGGCAUCGAGAGCUCUAGAUCGGACUUUGAUUUCACUGGCUAAUCUGACCACCCGUCUAUUAAUUAUACUUAUCGUCAUAAAUUGACUCGUCAAGGAAAACCGCAUUGCUGAAGUGAUGUCCGGUGAUAAAAAUUCGUCAAUGGACAGCACCUUACCUGUGCCACUCCCUAAGUCACCCAAGGAAGUCGUCAGUAGUGAUGAUUCUGAUGAAGACGAGUCCAUAGGGACGCCGGAGAUGAGCGACGCCGACGAAACAUGCGAGGAACGCUCGGAGCACAUGCGUCGUUGUGAAGAGUUUUUCCGUAAUCAUGACCUCACCGAGAUGUGCAAUCGCCACCUGGAGAUGUUCAAUCACCAUCUCGCUAAGUUCCAACUUGAACUCGCUCUCGAAGUUUCGCGUCUUACUGCCGACGAAUCCUUUUCGCUGGACGGCAAGCUUAUUCCUUGCCCUGGCAACGUUGUCUUCGAUUGUAUGGUUGGUUACUACAAAGAAAGCAUGAGCUCGUGUCCCUUCUGUGACCGAAUGUGGACGGAAAUGAAUGACAUUCUGACUGAUCCGGAUAAGGAACGUGAAACGUCACUCGCGAGAUUAAUGCAGACGUUGUCAUGGCGGUUGGAAGAGGGGGUAGGGAUUAUGAUUAUCUUGCAGUCGAAAGAGGUGAUGAAAAGUUACGAUUGGUCGGACCAUAAAGGGACCUGGAGAGAGCAUGGAGAGACCUCUCCAUACCCCAAGCGGCCCAAGGCUGUUGGCGGCGACGUCGCGCUGUGGUUAGCCAGUUUAGAAAACUCACGCAGGUGUCUUCGUUCUUCACGCCGGGUCGACGUUGACGAAUGAGUGAACGCAGAAAAGAUUUCUGGUGGGAAUGACCAGACGCAAGCUCAAGUUUCCCGUCUACGCCGUUAUAGUAGUUCCCUUUUUACUGUGUCAACAUUUUUUUUUCCGAAUAUUGAUGAGUUUCAUCUUUGAGACAUGUGUCGUCGUAGCGGCCGAAUCGGGUUCACCGAUAGAAGUUUUUCAUCGCUAUGUAACUUUUUAGUUUCCCUUUUUUUUUUCCUAAUGUCAUUUCUUCGCGUCUCCCGCAAGUUGGACUUUUAAUUAAUUUGGUUUUUCUUUCAUUUAAAAUAAUUUUGUGUAUUUGCGCGUCAUUAACGUGGUGAGAUUGCGUCUCGGCUAACCCCCCUCCAAACAAAGAAGAAAAACAAAACUGUUGUCGGCCAUAUCCACAUAUAUGCUCUGUUGCUCUGUACUGCGUAAACGUAUGUAAUAUAACCUAAUACUCCAAAAACCUAUUGUGAUGUGUCAAAAAUAUGAUUUGUCGUAUAUA